CUUCAAAAAUCCUAGUGCAUGGUUAAUUAAAUCAUGACUGUUUGCAUGGAGAAACAUCAAGUCUAAAUACUGGGAAAUCAAGCAUUUUUAUUUAGUUUGCGUUAUAUUUAAAAUUGUUGCCACCAUGCCAUUAAAAGUGUCUCGGUAGAAUUAGCACAUAAAAACGUUGAAAAGUUAGAUAUUUCUCCCAUCCAGCAUCCAAAAAACCGCGACAUUGCGACAAUAAUCCAGCCGGUAUUAACAAUAUAUCAAAUAAAACUUGGCAAAAUCUUAACAAAAAUCCAGGUUCCUAAAUUUAGCCCAGUGGCCGCUAAACGCGCGCUUCCAUGCGACUUAAAAAUAGCUCAGAAAAUUAAUAAACAUCUCUCGUGUUCCACAAGAGGUUUGCUCUGCGGUGGGAAAAAUCGGGAAAAUGUUGUUAUCGUGCCCCUUGUGCUCCAAGCCCCAUUUCGAAGGGGUGGAUUCCCUGCGGACGACCUUAGUCAAUGUUGCCACGGCCCCGUUGACCUGUCCAGUUUGCCAGGAAACGCUCAAGGGCUUGGACAAGUUAACAAUCCAUCUAUUUGGACACGUUAAUAGUGCGGCUAUUUCCUCCAAAGGCUACAGCCUUAGUGCCUGUGAAGAUCAAAGCCUUAACGCAGUGAAACUUGAUCAUCUGAGCACAACCACCGAAGAAGAUUCAAGCCCUGCCCUGGUCACAUUGCCAAGCCCUUCAGAGUUAGUAAGCGUUCAGAGUGAGGAAGUGCUGGCCUGCGAUAUCUGCAGCUUUACCUUCAUGGACAGGAAUAUUUUGGAAAUGCACCAACAACUGCUGCACCAAACGUCUGCAGAUGAAAAGACUGGGAAGUGCAGUUAUCAUUGCCAUUUGUGCAGCAAACGAUUCAGGAUGAGAGGCAGUCUUAUGGUGCAUCUUCGAGUUGCUCACUACGGCUUCACCAACCAUAUAAAUCUGCCUCCCGAUUUGCUGAAUAGAGCCGAAAGUGGUUUAAGCGACUCACUGGAACCAGACGGGAUGAAUAAGAGUCUCAGGGCGCAAGAUUUUAAGCAAUGGAGCUGCGAUGUGUGCGCCAAAAUGUUCACAACGAAGUAUUUUCUGAAGAAACACAAACGAUUGCAUACUGGUGAAAUGCCGUAUUCUUGCACAAUCUGCAAUAAGUCCUUUACAUUUCAACAGUCCUACCACAAGCACAUGCUCUAUCAUUCCUCCGAGAAACCGUACGUUUGCAACGAAUGUGGGCGGGCGUUUAAGGAACAUUCCACUUUGCAGAAUCACGCAAGGAUUCAUUCUGGAGAGCGUCCGUUUGGAUGUGAUAUAUGCGGCAAACGGUUUCGUCAACGAGUUUCCUACUUGGUCCAUACGCGCAUUCACACCGGCGUUAUGCCCUAUAAAUGCACAGCAUGCCAAAAGAGUUUUCGCUACAAAGUGAGCCAGAGGUCCCAUAAGUGUCCCAUGAAUCCACCAGGCUCGGUGAUCCGAAUUGCAGAUAAUGAGGCUUCAAGUGGACCCAAUUUUGCCCCAUUAAUUGCGCCUGCAGAAAGCAGCAAAAUCCCCAACUGUAUUAUGUCGGUGGAUUACGAGACUGGGAACAUUAAUUUGAUUCGGGGCGAUUUACGUGAUGCGCCAGAAAACACCUUGAAUAACGUAGAUUGUUUGAAGAAUCAACGAGAUAUUUACUCGGGUGUGAUAUCGCCAAUUCUAAACGAAGUUGAGUCACUUUGUCUGGACAACCGAUCUCCGAUUCACCAUCCGACUGCGCCAAUCGAGGACAACAUGCAAAUUAUCAGAGACAAAUGUUUGGAGGAAUUGUUUCAAUAAAUUAUUACUGCCCAAUUAUGUCCUUCUAAGGUGAAGGGGUGCACAGGUGGGUUCAAAUUAGAGAAGGUUCAAUCGGUUAAAGUCCAUGAAAUAUGUAUUAAAAGUUCAUAAAUACCUACUUAACAUUA